AUGUACGGAGCACCACGAAUUGAUCUUAUUGCCGGAGAUGAAGUAAACCUGUCUGCUUUAGAUAUUCUCCGAGCUCUGGCUGACUGUGGUAUGUACGCUUGGAACACACUUCACAGCGACCGCGAUGGGAUUUCGCAUAACAACAUGGAAUGGCUGAAGGUUGAUCUGUCUAACAGUGAACGGGAUACGUCAAUGUUUGAUAUUCUCGAGGCAGAUAUCGUCGUUUUUCAGGAGACCAAGAUUCAACGAAAAGAUCUCCGCGAUGACAUGGUGCUAGUACCUGGCUGGGACUGCUACUUCAGUUUACCGAAAGCCAAGAAAGGAUACUCCGGAGUUGUGAUAUACACUCGGAAUGCGACAUGCUGUCCCAUCCGCGCAGAGGAGGGUCUUGCGGGAGUUCUCUGCCCGCCCAAUUCGUCGGUGUCAUUUCGAGAUCUGCCUGAAGACCAACAAAUAGGAGGCUACCCAACCAUUGAACAACUGUCAGAGCUAGAAAUUGAUGCAGCUACUCUGGACUCGGAAGGUCGUUGCGUCGUUCUCGAGUUUCCUGCAUUUGUUCUGCUUGGAAUUUAUUCACCAGCCAACCGCGACGAAACACGAGACAGUUUUCGCCAUAGCUUUAUUGACUUGAUGGAUGCUCGCAUCCGGAAUCUGGUUGCGAUGGGCAAAAGAGUCUUUGUCACAGGGGACCUUAAUAUUGCGAAAGGGGAAAUUGAUGCAGCUCAUGCUGCCGAGGCCAUCAAGAAGGGAACAACAACAGAGGACCAGUUUAUAUCCACCCCAGCACGGCGCGUGUUCAAUCAACUGCUUUCUGAUGGCAGAGUUCUUGGCCAGCGCGAUGAAGGGAGGGAAAGUCCUGUUUUAUUUGAUAUUUGUAGGUCGUUUCAUCCCGAUCGGAAGGGAAUGUACACUUGUUGGGAGCAAAGAAUCAACGCUCGACCCGGCAAUUAUGGCGCGAGGAUAGACUACGUCCUGUGUAGCCUGGAUAUGCAAGAUUGGUUCUGCGAUUCGAAUAUUCAAGAGGGCCUCAUGGGAUCCGAUCAUUGCCCGGUUUAUGCGGUCUUUAAGGACGUCGUACGCCUCGGCGAAGAAGAGGUCAACAUUCGUGACAUAAUGAACCCUCCUGGGAUGUUUAAAGAUGGCGAGCGUCAGCAGGAAUACUCUACUAAAUAUCUUCUGCCUACGUCGGGACGCUUGAUACCAGAAUUCGACAAGCGGAGGAGCAUCAAGGACAUGUUCUCGCGUAAACCAUCGGCCAACGUACAGACACCAACGGCGAACGUCCCGACGUUGAGACAUUUUGCCUCUACUCAGGAAAGAGGAACACCAACCGCCAUUUCGGAGGGUGCUGCCAGCAUGGUAGCUGUCAGCCAGUCUGUAGCAGUUGCUGACAGCACUCAAACGAUAGAAGGCGUUCGUAAGAGGUCUCAGAAAAAUGAGACUGGUUCCCCUGUCUCAGUCAAGCGUUCGAAAUCCGGUUCAGCCCAAUCAUCAACACCUUCCACUGCUGGGCAGAGGACUCUGAAAGGGUUCUUUAAACCUAAAAGUGAUGCAGCCGGCCAAGUGACCAUAGCCCGGGAUUCUGCAACAGUGUCUACUGUACCAACGAAACAACCAGCCGCGUCCCCUACAAAAUCUACCCCAGUUACGGGACCUACGGCAUCGGAAGCAAUCCGGACAGCUCCCGCUGGUGAAGCAUCUCCGGGAGACCAGCCAAAUUCUGCGACUCCUACAACUCCCGCUUCGUCCCAGAACGAUGAUACUGUUAUCGAUCCCAUUGCCAGCAAGGAGGAUUGGUCAAAGCUCUUCACUAAAAGGCCCGUUCCCAAGUGCGAAGGUCACCAGGAACCAUGUAUCAGUCUGACGACUAAGAAGCCCGGCAUCAACUGCGGAAGAUCGUUCUGGAUCUGUUCGAGACCCCUUGGGCCCAGCGGAAACAAGGAAAAGGGGACGCAGUGGCGAUGUCCUACAUUUAUAUGGGCCAGCGAUUGGAACCCUUCCGCUCCGUAG